CAAGGGAUACGACGGAAGUGUUGGCUCGCAGCCUCCGCCGCGAUGGAGAAGUACGAGAAAAUCAAAGUAGUCGGAAGAGGAGCAUUCGGGAUCGUCCACCUGUGUCGGCGGCGAAGCGACGGCGGCUUGGUGAUCCUGAAGGAGAUCCCGGUAGAGCAGAUGUCUCGGGACGAGCGCCUGGCGGCUCAGAACGAGUGUCAGGUGUUGAAACUGCUGAACCACCCUAAUAUCAUUGAGUACUACGAGAACUUCCUUGAGGACAAAGCGCUCAUGAUUGCCAUGGAGUACGCACCGGGUGGCACCCUGGCCGAUUACAUCCAGAAGCGCUGUAACUCCCUGCUGGAUGAGGACACCAUCCUUCACUUCUUUGUGCAGAUCCUGCUGGCAUUGUACCAUGUGCACAAUAAACUCAUCCUGCACCGGGACCUUAAGACGCAGAAUAUUCUGCUGGAUAAGCACCAAAUGAUAGUCAAAAUCGGCGACUUUGGCAUCUCCAAAAUCCUUGUCAGCAAAAGCAAAGCAUACACUGUUGUUGGGACUCCAUGUUACAUCUCUCCGGAGCUUUGCGAGGGAAAGCCGUACAACCAGAAAAGUGAUAUCUGGGCUCUAGGCUGCGUGCUCUAUGAGCUGGCGAGUCUGAAGAGAGCCUUUGAGGCCGCUAACCUUCCCGCCUUAGUGCUGAAAAUCAUGAGUGGCACAUUCGCCCCUAUCUCAGACCGCUACAGCCCGGAACUGCGUCAGCUCAUCCUCAACAUGCUCAACUUAGAUCCGUCUAAGCGGCCUCAACUCAAUGAAAUUAUGGCACUCCCGAUCUGUAUACGCCCCCUACUCAAUCUAUACACAGACAUCGGCAACGUCAAGAUGCGCAGGAUUGAGAAACCACUAUCCACUGUCCAGACCGGACCACAAGGCAGAAAUACAGGUCGGGUACCAACCAGCAGGUCCAGAGACGGCGCUAGCAAGUUGCAUUCCCUCCCACUGUCAUCAGUCUACACUUGGGGCAGCGGCAUCACUGCCCCGCUACGUCUGCCCAUGCUCAACACUGAGGUCCUGCAGGUGUCACUGGGACGCACUCAAAAGAUGGGUGUGACCAAAUCAGGGCGUCUCAUCACUUGGGAGGCGCCCUUGGUGGGGUCAGCCGAGAUGAGCCUGCCCGGCGUCGUGGAGCAAAUGCAGCCUCAGUUCAUUUCCCGUUUCCUGGAAGGCCAAUCUGGAGUCACCAUCAAGUCUGUUUCCUGCGGCGAUCUCUUCACCACCUGCAUGACAGACAGGGGCAUCAUCAUGACUUUUGGAAGUGGAAGCAACGGCUGCCUUGGCCACGGGAAUUUCAACGAUGUCACACAGCCCAAGAUCGUGGAAGCACUCCUUGGCUACGAACUAGUGCAGGUGUCAUGCGGUGCUUCUCACGUUCUCGCCAUGACCAACGAACGGGAAGUCUUUGCCUGGGGAAGAGGAGAGAACGGUCGACUCGGACUGGGCGCCCAGGACACUCACAACUGUCCCCAGCAGGUGUGCUUACCCCUCAAGUUUGAGCCUCAGAGAGUGCUGUGUGGUGUAGACUGCUCCAUGAUCAUAAGUGCUGGGAACAGCAUUGUGGCAUGUGGAAGCAACAGGUUUAACAAGCUGGGCCUGGACAAGAUAACGUCCGGGGAGGAGCCAAGUCCGCCAAACCAGGUGGAGGAAGUGCACUGCUUCACGCCCGUCCAGUCGGCGCCACUAAACAAGGAGAAGAUUGUUUGCAUUGACAUCGGCACAGCCCACUCUGUCGCCGUGACAGAGAUUGGCCAUUGCAUCACUUUUGGCAGCAACCAGCAUGGGCAGAUGGGCCGCAGUUCCCGGCGGGGCAGCCGCGUCCCCUACCUGGUGCCCAGUCUGCAGGGUGUGACCAUGGCAGCCUGCGGAGAUGCUUUCACGCUGGCCAUCACGUCUGAUGGCGAGGUGUACACGUGGGGAAAGGGAGCCCGCGGACGCUUGGGAAGAAAAGAGGAAGACUCGGGGGUACCGAAGGCGGUGCAGCUGGAUGAGAGCCACCCGUUCACCGUGACAUCAGUGGCUUGUUGUCAUGGCAACAGCCUGCUGGCAGUGAAACCUUUGCUCGAUGAAGCUGUCCCGAGAUGACUUCGUCAGGAGCCCAACUACAUUUAUCUCUGAACAUUCCCUUCGGCACCAAACUCUUACAGUUUACACCAUGAACAAAAAAUAUUAUUAAACCUCAAGGAGGUGAGUGUAGAAGAACAUUAUGAAUAGCUCUGAGAGUGUGUCUGCUUUGUGCAGUGGAAACCAAGAUGGGAACCUACAAAUCAUACAAAUAUGUAAAACUAAGGUAAGGUCCUGAUGGUGCAAACUCAUUUAUAUGAAUCCACACCGAGCAAGAAAAAAAGCUACGGAAAAACGCCUAUACCUCUUUUUAAACAUAGCUAUAUGUAAUUACAUAUGCAAUGUUCCUGCCAGAAGGCAUCGUUAUAGGGAAGUGAGAAGGAACAAAAUAAUCGCAUGCAAGUCACACUUAAAUCAACAUUUUCAAGCCGUGUUUAAAGGGACAGACGACAACUUUAUCAUUCGUGUUUUGAAUUUCAUUAUAAUGAUGUGUAAUAGUCAAUAUAAAAAUGUAAAUAAUAGCCAAUAUUUCUAUUAAGUGGCUGCCUAACAUGGGAGCAGAGACGGUGCUAGUUUAGCCAAUCAGAUAUGAGUAUCAGGGAUUGUCCACCUUUUUUUUUUUUUUUUUUUUUUUUUUUUUUUGUGAUUUUGCUUGAUUCCAUCAGUAUGUAUGUACGUGGUUAUAACUAAUGUCACAAAAUCGCUGCACUCGUGUUUUUUUUGUUGAAACAUUAUUCUCCCAGUUAUCAGAGGUGAAAGUUGCAUACUGAAAUACUUUGAGCAAUCAAGGUCCUUUAAGUGCCUGUGACAGGAUAAAAAAGUUUUAAAUAGCAUUAUUAUGUGAAUUAAAACAGACAGAGAUAUGCAAAAUGUCAUGAUUGUUUCAGUCUACUCCAAUAUUUUUACAGGAUAUUCUUUUUAUCGAAGUAUUUUUCACCAAUUGCUAAAUAAAUGGUCUAGUCAUGACAAAUAAGUCUUGUGCUAAAUGGAAUAUGAAAUAUUAUAAAUGGAUUAUUCAGUACGACAGGGCAAAAUUACUGCAUAAUGGUCAAAACCGCCGGCUUCUUGAACCUCCAGAACAGUAUUUUAUGCCACAGGAGUUAGUCUGCCUUUUAUCAUUUCCCUGCCCCGGCUUGGGAGACUGAGGAAAGAGCAUAAACAAAACAGGAGGCAUGACAGCUAGGCUAAGUGACAUGCUGACCCGAACCUAGCGUCUUUUCUAAGUCUUUUUCUCGCCUUUCAAAAAUGAAAAAUCGCACAAAACUACUCCAACUCAUGUCACACACGGCGGCAGGUUUGAUUCAGCGAUCGUCCAGCCCCGGCAAGUUUUGGCUAGCCCUAACCCAAAUUAUGCAACUUUAUAAUAUUUUUCUCCCAAAGCUUUUGUGAUGGGGAAUAAGACCUCUUUUACAUUCAGUUGAACUCUCAAUGUUAUCCAAGGGUGCUAAAAAUGUUACAUCAUAAACACACAUGUGCAACAUGAAAAUGGACACAUUCCAG